CUAAAGCAAGUGACGCUAUUCCCGACGUAAAGCGAAUUUCUGCGCGGCACCGAUACCUAUACAACCCCAGCGCAACACAUAGCUUUUUUCAUCAUUUAGCAUCACAACUCAACCUAUAAACUCAUAUCAAGAUGUCUACUUCCAAAGCCACAGAAAUACCCGAGAAAACCCCCGAUCUUCCUCCAUCAUUCCAAGAGACCAUGGCCUCAUCACCACCCGUCUUCAAAACCCAAUUCGCUUGCAUGACCUUCAACAUGUUUGACCGCAUUCGUCUCAUCAACUUCACAGAAGCAGAAGUAUCAGGCAUCAAAGAAGUCGUCGCAGCGCAGUGGUCACCUGGUCUCGCACAUGUGCAACCAUAUGGGGAGUCAAUGGAAUUCAGGCUUCGUGGAAGGCCUUGGUUGCAUAGAUCUGGUGGGAACGAUGAUUCGAGGAGAUUAAUGCUGAGAAUUCUGGAGAAAUUGUUUGAUAUGGGAUGGGUGUUGCAAGGAUCUAUGGAGAUCACGCUCAAGUCUGAGAGCAAAGAUUCCCUCAUCUUUCGAAAACAAGAUCCCAUCCCACCGCCCUGCGACUGGAUCUGCAUAUCCUUCGACAACAGUGAUAAACUGAAAAUCGUAGACUCACCACCCAAAGACCUCACAGAUGCAAUCCUCCAAACAUUUGGUCGUGACGUAAGACGUAGUGAAAUCACAUCUGACCGCGUCAAGAUGCAUCUUGCAAACAUGCCGUGGAAUCCUUCGGGGACAGACACUGUCACGACAAGGAUCAUACUGCUGAAGUUGAUUGAGGCGUUGGAGAGAUGUGGGUUCACGAUUUAUGCUACGAUUGGGUCGAAGGGGGAGGAUGAGGAGGGGGCGCAGGACUUGUUGUGCACAACUUUCAAGACUCUAUGCGAUUUGGUGAUCCUGAACACGACGAGGCUUUGGUGGGACAGACCUGGAAGGCAGUGGCGGCCUUCCCCAGAUGUAACGCCCCUGAUUCAGCGCCUCCCAAAGCGCCGCAUUCUUUUCAGUCGGGUUAGGAAAGAAAAAACAUAUUCCAAAGAAGAAAUGGAUUCUGCCACCGCCAGUUUGGCCACUGGCCGACCAAAUCUCACAGCUGCCGAUGUAAAAGCAAUGUCGAUCAGAGAAAUCCUGGCCAACAUCCGUCGCAAUGUCAAGCCGAAUAAGAAGAGACGGAGAAGGGCGAGGCUUGCGGCUUGGAAGAAGCGAAGGGCUCCAGCGGAUGAGCUUGUUGCUAGUGGUUGA